UGAAUUUGAUGCAUAAUUCUGUAUUAUCAUAAAUAAGUAUAAUAAUAACUAAGGAAAAUAAAUAUCUAAGAUCAUUUAUUUAAAAUUUCCGCUGCUCAGAAUCACGUGAUCCACAGUUUGGCGCACAAACUUUUCAGCGUCACUUAACGUUGGUACUAACGUAAAGUGUAAGAAAUUAAUUACUGACCGUUUAUAAUUAAAAAAAUAUUCGUAGAAUUGGUGGACAAAUAUGUACAAAAUCCCAUAAUUCCUUUGACAAAAUUUUUACGAUAGAAGUAUAACAUAACAAUAACGUAAAAGAUGCGCACGUUGAUGCGCACAAAUAUCGAAUGGCGGCCAUUUUUGUAAGCGCUAGCAGCACCGGUGGUAAUAAAAAAAUUAAACCCUUUUUUAUCUCAUCAGUUUUGCAAAUCCGUGGUGAUUUUCUGUUUUGAUCGUGUGACAGUCAGAUUUAAUUGAAGUUGUGCGGUAUUGAAAAAAUCGUGAAAAUACAGGGUGAAAAAUGAACGCUAUACGACCGCGUUUAGUCACGUUUGACGUGACGGGAACUCUGCUGAUGACGGGGUUGGAGGUUCACUACUCGGAAGUGGGAUUGAGAUACGGGAUUUCGGUGGACCCUGGGAAAUUGGCGGGAAGUUUUAAACAGAACUUUAACAAACUGGCGGCGGAUCAUCCGGUGUUUGGAAAGCACACGGGACUCGGAUGGGAGAAUUGGUGGCGAACCAUAGUGUACAACGUUUUCCGAGAGCAAAACGAGCACACUUGCGAAAAGGCCCUCGAAAAGGUGGCGAGCACCCUGAUCGAAUGUUAUAGUACGAAUGAAUGCUGGCACAAGUAUCCCGACACGCUAAAUAUACUCGAUUACUUGAAAAAGAAGAAUGUCGUACUCGGUGUCAUAUCAAACUUUGAUGCUCGUCUAGAGUCUGUACUCGUCAGCACCGAAUUGCGCCCGUAUUUCUCUUUCGUUUUGUCCUCGUACGACCUUGGAACCGAAAAGCCCGAUCCAUUGAUAUUUGAAGAGGCUCUAAAAAUAACGAAACGUUAUUGCGAUAGAUCGGUUCUACCCCAUGAAGCCGUACACAUCGGAGAUACGUACGACAAGGAUUAUCUCGGUGCCAAAAAUGCCAAAUGGAACGCCAUACUGAUCAAACGUGAUGACAAAAAGCCAACCGAUAACACGAAAGUACCUCAUCGCGACGUUUACCGCAGUCUCAACGACCUCAAAAUCCAUUUCGACAAAGUCUUUCGUUACGAGAUGACGGAAUCGCCUUAGCAAAUCAGUUUCACAUGUAACUAAAUUAUUCGAAGUCUCUUUGACUUGAGAAAUGAGUAUGUCAAACUAGAGUAAAUUCCGUUUAAGUGUUACCAACGUUAUUGCUUGAUAUUGAGCACGGAUCUACCGAACAAUAUUUACAUGUAAUGAAUAUCCUCCGUGAUCAAUUCAUGCGAUAGAGAAAACUACUUUCUACCCCCUAAUAACUCUAAUAUUGACGAUGAGACUUAGAGGCACAUUUGUAUCACCUGCAUGCAAUGCGAAGCAAAGGGUUGAAAACAUGUACAUAUUAUUUUACGAAUGACUAUGAAUAUUUAUAUUGAUAAAGUUGUGACGCCGCGGAUAAUUCGCACCGCAGGAAUUCUCAGUGUUAUUGUUUAGUUGUUUAUUCUUAAUAUAUUUAACUCAUAUAAACGAUUUAGAUAUGUGUACCAAUUAACACAUGCUAAGUAAUUUGACAAAUCAUUGAUUUGGUGGCACGGAAAAUUAAUCAACGAUUGAUUAUACUAAUUAAAGUCAUUUGUGUGUAAGCUUGAAGAUAAUACAAUUUGAUUAAUGUAAGGUGAAAUAAAUUUAUUAUAUUUUAAUACUCAUGUACGACUUAUACAAUGAUAUCGAUUUUAAUUUUAUUGUCAUAUUGAAUUGAAAAUUCGCGAAUAAAACAA